GGGAGGAGCUAGCGUUGGACAGUGGUAAUCCAGCCAGCUGGUUACUUUUCUAGUAAGAUACUAUAGCUGGCUUGGGUAACGGCGCCGAUAAACCGUGUAAUACUCCAUGGACAAUGGAGGUCUUUAACCAGAUCUUUGCUGAGUAUCCUCACGUAACAUACGGAGGCGUGGGUGCUACGGCUUGUGCCACUGGAGCCCUGGUUUACAAAAUAGCGACGAGAAAAAAGCCCACUCAUGUUGGUGUGAACUGCUGGUUCUGCAACCAGGACACAGUGGUUCCAUAUGGCAACAGAAACUGCUGGGACUGCCCCAACUGUGAGCAGUACAAUGGUUUUCAGGAGAACGGGGACUACAACAAAGCCAUUCCUGCCCAGUACACGGAGAAUCUGAACCAGGGCGUCCCCGCUGGCUCGCCCCGCCCCGAAACCAGCAAGACGCUGCAGUGGGUCAACUGCCAGAUGCUGGUGUGCAGGAAGUGCAACAAUAAGCAGACCCUGAAGAUCAAGCAGCUCGCGUCCUUUGUGCCAAGGGAGGAUGGGAAGUAUGACGAGGAGAUCGAGGAGUUCAAGCGCCAUGUGGAGCAGACGCACAAGCUGUGCCGGCCGUGCCAGACUGCGGUGGAGUACUACAUCAAGCACCAGAACCGCCGACUCCGCGCCCUGCUCUUCAACCACCACCAGCUGGGGCGUGGCCGGGACGCUGGCGGGGCCUUCAGCCAGAAGCCGCACGCCUCGCCAGCGCCCGCCGGGGCGGUGUUCCUCCGCGUUCUGGCGUUCCUCGCCUGCGCCUUCCUGCUGGCUUUGGCGUUUUGCGGAUCCGGGGAGCCUCUCGGCCCCGGCAGCCCCCCCCAGCCGCAGGACGGGGGAGCGUCCGUCCCAAAACCGGUCCCGAACGGAGGCCCCGCGAACGGGAGCGAGGAGGCCCGGGCGGCCGCGUGGCCCGAGGUGCUGGGCCUGCUGCCGGACCUGCUGCCGGACGAGGCCCUGCGGAACGCCCGGCGGCUGUGGAGCUGCGGACAGGCGCACCAGGUGGCCGUGGUCUCCCUGGGCCUGCUCACCUGCGUCAGCAGCGUCCUCCUGGGCGGGCCCGUCAGGCUGAGGCGAAUUGACGCUGUGGCGUCUGUGCUUUGGUUCCUGGUCAUGGGGCUGCACCUGGUAGAACACUACCUGAAGGAUGUCCCGAGCUGGCUGGACACUGUCAAGCUCAGCGCCACCUGCCUGUGCUGCUUGGCGGGGUUCACUGCGGCUGUGGCAUCACGAAAAACCGCAGACCGGGGGAGAACCAGGGGUCAGAGGUCAGAGUCUGAACAGUGACACCCGCAUUGUGAAACUAAACCGACAAAGAAGCCAUAGGACCCAUUUGUAAAUGAGGUUUGUGUUCCGAUGUGGAGCUGGGGUCUUCUUCAGUUUUCUCUCUAUACCUCUAUUCACCAAUUAUUCAGUAGUAUUAGCCAAUUGGAUACUGGUCAGUACCAUCUUUCCAUCUGAAAUUCUUCAGUAUCUUUGGCAGUUUUUUUUUUUUUUUUUUUCCCCUCAUGCCCUAUACUAAAAUAAUGGUAAUACUACAGAGUAAAUGGUUGUUUAUUGAAAAGUAUUUGUUUUCUUUUCAGUUGUUUUUAUGAAUGCAUUAUUACGCUGUAGUUUUAUAGCUGUGUAUUUACAACACUACUGUUCAUUUUUUGAAUGGGCAUUGAAUGGUUACACAGCAUUAAUGAAGUAUUCACACAAAGUAAUUCUAUACAGCAUUGCUUCAAAAAUAUAUUCAGGUUUCACAACCUGUAGUCAAAAAACAACAAACUGUGAAACCUUCUGUCAUUUUAGGUACUUGUUAAAUUGUAAAUGGUCCAGAGGCACUUUUUCAGAUCUCAAUUUGGUAUAUGUGAGACAUUGAAGACAUUGUCAAAUUAUUGAAAACCAGCAGGGGUGCCUAGAUAUGCACAAAUCCUUCAGCACUGAUGCUAAUUAAAAGUUAAAAAUGGAGCAAAUAAUUUGAUUAAUAAUUAGAUUUAAAGCACUACAUAAAAUAUAUACAUGUAUAUAUGGAGCACUGAUUGAUGAAUGUGAUUGAAGUUAAGCGUUUUCUCCCAAACAAGUGAUAAACAUGUUAGUGACCAAUGGUUGGUCUGAGACGAUUGACAGCUGUAGCUCAAAGUAGCUGCCAGGAAAAGUUCUUAUUUUUAUUGUGACAAAUUUCACUUGCAAGUCAGCUGCAGUACUUUCCUUUGAUGCUGCAACUGCUUUUAUGAUGGCUAGAUUUUAUUUUUUUGAUGAACCAUGUUUGCUUGUUGCUUGGCUGCAUUGCUAUAUGUCCUCUCCAUCAAUGCAUCAAAGAGUUUUGAUUUUUCAUUUAGUUUGUGAAAUCUGGAAUUAUGCAUCCAAGGACAGUUGUGGACCUCGUACGCAAUUAAAUAACCACCAGAUAAUCUCUGCAUUUUUGCAUUGUGACCAGGUUGUGUUGAAAUAACUGAUUGGUCAAACAAAGUAGCAUAAACCUAAGGCACAGAAGCUGAAAAAAAGUCAUUUGGAAUUUUUCAUAUAAAAUUACAAAAGCUUUUCCUAUUUCAUGUGAAAAGCUUGCUUACUCUGCAGGAUUUUGUCUCAAAACAAAAGAAACGAGGGGUUAGUUUAUAAAAAAAAGUAGUAGUUUUGGCAAGUCUUUUUUCCACUCCAUGGCAUAGUAAUGAGCAUAUUUGCCCCCUUUCUACAGUGUCCUGUGAUAUCUUUAGAAAUUAUGUGUGUCUGUGAAAAUAAUCAUUCUUAAUUAGUGCAUUUUAUUCCAGCAUUUUGGCACAAUUUAACUAAUGCAGAAACAGUUCUUGCAAUAUGAAAAACAGUGUGAUUAGGAAGGAUUUAAAUGGCUAAACUCCAUCUCAACAAUAAAAUAUUAUUCCUCAGAUGAACCAUGAGCGUAGGAGAAGUACAUUAACUGUUAAGUUACUGGAGAGAUAAAAUUGGGUGCUGAAUGAAUCGCCAAUGCAACCAAUAUGUUUUUUUAAUAUCCAUUUAUAUGGAUAUGUCCAUUGGUUAACUAUAUAGUUAACUAAAUAUCUCACAUAGUA